AGAACAAUAUUCACCUCGUAUCAACUAGAAGAGUUAGAAAAGGCGUUUAAAGACGCUCACUAUCCAGAUGUCUACGCUCGAGAGGUUUUAGCCAUGAAAACAGAUCUACCCGAAGAUAGAAUACAGGUUUGGUUCCAGAAUCGACGAGCUAAAUGGAGAAAAACGGAG